AUUCCCACUUGCUUCCUCCUUAAUAAGGCGACUGCUGCUCUAACAGAAAACAGGUUUUUGUUUGUGCUGGAAUGUGACGCUUAAUUUCGUUUACCAAGGAACUAAAAACGUGAAAACUGUGCGGAGAGCAGGAUGUGGGAGCAAAGUGAGGACAGUGCAGCGACAGAGUCUGACGGAGAGAGUGAUUUAUCUUUCGAAGAUGAGGGAGACAUUCAGUGUGAGAUCUUGGAGCUGCAGAGGGAUGAAGCCAAUCAGAGACUGGCUGAAUUGGAGGAAGUCUCCAAUCAGCUCCUGAAAGAGAUUAAUGUAUUGGAAAUCCAGUUCCAAAUUGAACGUUCCUGCAGGGAGAAUGCUGAGGCGCUGGCUGUCAAAGUGACCAAAGAGAACAAAGUCCUGAAGAGGACGAGCCAGAUGCUGAUGCCGCUCAUCCCCGAGCUGCCUGAAAACUUGUCUGCUGUGACCUUUGACCCAGAGGGUGACCAGGUGGUUAACGGUGACGUGGUUGAUCUUGGUGAGGACAGCAAUGAGGGGACGCUGCUGCUGGAGAGUCAAGCCAAGAUCGCAGAGCUGCAGACGUCAGUGGACGGUCUGCUGGCUGAGAAGCUGCAGCUGGAGAAACAAGUGGAAGAUCUGACCAAAGAACAGGUGCAACUCAGAGAGCAGCUAGCUCUGGAGGUCGAGGAGAAAGAGGCCAUACUGAGGAAAAUAAGCAAACAGAGCAGGACCAUUAAUAAAAUCAAACGAGUCUCCCAGCUUGUCACAGAGGAGUUCACAGAGAUGUCUCAGAAGCUGGAGCUGGAGCAGGGCCUCCGGCAGCACGCUGAAGUCUUCGCCCACCAGAUGAUAGUGCAGCAGAAAGAGGCCCAGAGUCCGAGCGUGUUGCUGAUGCCGAGCUCAGAGACCGGCCUGCAGCUGCAGCAGGCGCUGGAGCAAAUCUCCACCAUCAGCACAGCCCUGUGUGAUAUACAGCGCACCUACCAGGACCAGGUGAAACAGAGUCAGAGCGUCGUGGAAGAGAGCAGCGUCCUCUCUGAGCUGCAGAACCUGAAAGAGCAGCUGGAGAAGAGUGAGGAGGAGAGGAAGGCCCUAGAAGAUAAGCUGUCUGAGGCUAACGGCACUGUCACACAGCUCCAGGAGGAAGUGAAAAAGCUCCAGGAUACACUGACCAAGGAAAGUAAAACUGAUGAACCAGAGGAGAAAUCCACACCUGCUCCUCCUCCUCCUCUUCUUCCUCCUCCUCCUCCUCCUCCUCCUCCACCUCCUCCACCUCCCACUACCUAUUCCUUUCCUGAUUUCCUGAGAAGCAGGAGGAAAGAUAGAGCCAGCGACGCCGGUCAAAACCAACCAGCACCCCUGUUGAACAUGAAGGCGAAAGCGGUGGAUGAAAUGAUGGAGAGAAUAAAGAAAGGCAUCAUCUUGAGGCCCAUGAAGAGAAUCCAGGAGGAUGACAGCUCGUGGAAGGACCAGAGGAGUGAAAACAGAAAAUCAGCCAUCCUGGAGUUGAAAGGGAUGCUGGACAACAUAAAACACCAGCCUCACCGCAGAAUACCAUCCAGGAGUGGAUUUGGCCGACAUGUCGGGGACGCAGAGCUCCUGCAGGUUCUCCAGAGGAGGAGGAGAGCGAUGGGAGAGAACUCCUCAACACAAACACAGGACCCCCAGCCAGGUCCACAGUGUGUCCCAGCAGCAGGAGAUGUUCCCUGGGCAAGCGAGAGCGGCAGCGCCCCUGUGCUCCGGAGGCUGAAACAGAACCGAGAGAAGAGAGACUCUCGCAUCAGAGCAUCUGCACUGAUCAUCAACCAGGACAACUGAGAGAAGUUACAGGAAGAAAUACAGUUUUUAAACUUCACUGUAGUCAAAGUGUCAUUGCUGUUUUGUAUGAGGAUGUACUGAAUAUGAGUUUGUUGAGCAAACUGCACCUGCAAUACUUUUUUUUUGUCAGUGAUUUUUUGAAUAUCACUUUUCUUAGACUUUAUAUUGACUAUAUUUUACUAUAUAAGUGUUGAAUUAAUACAUGAAAACAUUGCUUUAUGAUAAAA